UUGAUGAGAAAAAUGGCGAACCGAAGUUUAGAAGUUAAUUAUUUUGUGUAAAAUGUUUUUUUAAAUCGAACUUAAUUUGUUAUUUUAUAAUAAAAUGUCGACGCCCAUGUCAAAUCGUAAAUAUGGAGCCCAAAAAAUUAGGCUAACUAUUAUAUGUGCAAGGAAUUUGGUCCGAAAAGAUCUCUUUCGUUUGCCAGAUCCUUUUGCCAAAAUAUCAGUCGACGGCAGUGGCCAAGUAUAUUCAACAAAUACAGUGAAAGCAACACUUGAUCCAAAAUGGAAUACACAUUAUGAUCUUUAUUUAAGCAAAGGAGAUGGAAUUACCAUAAGUGUAUGGAACCAACGCAAAGUCCACAAAAGGCAAGGGUCUGGUUUUUUAGGAUGUGUUCGUAUACAACCAUCAACUGUACAUAAGCUAAAAGAUACAGGAUACCAAUGUCUAGAACUCUGUGAAGAUGGACAGUCUGGUGAGACGUGUGGAGUCAAAGGCCAGGUCAUCAUUUCUCUUAUGUCAAGAGAUAGUGCCCGUGGGGAGCCCGCCUCUGCAGCCGGCGAGGGUUCUCCAUUGGCAGUUGUUGGUCCUGCAGGAGAAGUUCGACCUCCUAGAGAACCAGUAGUCAGUCCAAACCCCUCUCAGCUGAGUUUACCACCUCAUUGGGAGGAGAGAUUCACUUCUAGUGGAAGGCCUUACUUUGUAAAUCAUUCGACACGUCGCACCCAAUGGGAGCGUCCAACAUCUGAGGGCUCAGAAUCACCAUCCCCUCCAACAUCUCCGGCACUUGUCCCAAGUCCAACCACGUCACCUACGUUAACAAGUGCACCUUCCUCUCCUGGUUCUGAUACUGACGUGAAUCCUGCUACAACAAUAUCCUUGAGACCAGAACCCCAGCCACAGACUGCAGUACGUCGACAACCCGCAACUUGUACGCCUCCGACCAGCCCUUCAUCUCCCACCACUCCUAACACAGCUGCGCCUGCUCCGAUAUCAGCUACAGAUUUACCUCCAGGAUAUGAGAUGCGCACCACGGCGCAGGGCCAGGUUUACUUCUACAACAGCGCUACUGGAGCGUCGACGUGGCACGACCCGCGCGUCCCGCCGCACCUGCGGCACUGCGCGGCGGCGGCGGGCCCGCUGCCCCCCGGCUGGGAGAUGCGGCACGCGCCCUCAGGACGACCCUACUUCGUGGACCACAACAACCGCACCACGCAGUUCACUGACCCCCGGCUCGCGCUCUCCGCUAGGCUUACGAACGAACCUGCUCCAACAAGUACUGCGUCUUCGGUUGCAUCACCAGCAUCGGUUUCCCUCUCGUCGUCCGCCGCAGCCCCGGGCGCCGCUCCAGAGCCCCCGGACACUGACGCGCUACCUAAAUACAAACGGGACCUUGCUGCUAAAGCGCGAGUACUGCGUGCUGAACUACAAGCAUUACAACCCCAGACCGGACAUUGCAGAAUAGAGGUAUCUCGAAACGAAAUAUUAGAAGAAUCAUAUCGACUCGUAAUGAAACUUAGAGGUAAAGAACUUCGAAAGCGGCUGCUGGUCAAGUUCCGCGGUGAAGAAGGACUCGACUACGGCGGGGUGGCAAGAGAGUGGCUUCAUCUCUUGGGAAGAGAGCUGUUCAAUCCUCAUUAUGGACUAUUUCAAUAUGCAAAUGCUGGUGAAGAUAGAUAUGCACUACAAAUCAAUUCUGAUUCAGGAGUAAAUCCGGAACACUUAUCGUACUUCCACUUUGCGGGCCGCAUCCUGGGCGUGGCGUUGUUCCACGGACAUCAAUUAGACGCGGCUUUCACAGCUCCCUUUUACAAGCAACUCCUAGGGCGACCCAUAACUCUGCGAGAUAUCAAAGAUGUUGAUCCUGAAUUGCAUCGGUCGUUAUCAUGGAUGCUUGACAAUAGUAUCCAAGGCGUGAUUGACACGACAUUUUCUGUGGAAUGUUCUUCGUUCGGCGCCGUCCGCAGCGUGGAGCUGCGCCCGGGCGGCGCGACCGAGCCCGUCACGGACGGGAACAAGCGCGAGUACGUGCGACUAUACGUGGCGCACAGGUUCACUCGAGGCGCCGAGCGGCAGUGGCUGGCGCUGCAGCGCGGGCUGGCGGACGUGGUGCCGCCGCAGCUGCUGCGGCCGCUGUCGGCGCGCGACCUGCAGCCGCUGCUGGCCGGCCGCGCCGACCUCGACCCCACCGACUGGCGCCGGCACACGCGCCUCAAGCACCUCGCGCCCGACUCCGCGCUCGCUCAGUGGUUCUGGGAGAUCGUCGACGAAUUCGACCAGGAGAUGCGCGCUCGCCUCUUGCAGUUCGUCACCGGAUCGCGACGAGUGCCCCUCGCCGGAUUCAGGGCUCUACAGGGUUCAACUGGAGUGGCGGCUCCGCGACUGUUCACACUGCACCUGGUUGCGGACGCGACUCCGGAUUCUCUGCCGAAAGCACACACGUGCUUCAACCGCCUCGACCUACCUCCCUAUCCGACCAAGCAGAAACUGCACGACAAAUUGAAGCAAGCUAUUCUCGAGACCGCCGGAUUCGCUGUCGAAUGACUGACGAAAAUAGGUGUGCAAAGGUCUACAGGCUGCGUCUGACUUGCGUGCGUAUCGCGUCUGUAUCGCUACGAACGCGCGUCGACGGCGCGUUUAAAAAACGCGGUGUGCACAGGCCCUAAGAGUAGUGAUUUAUUCCCAACUCGACAUCGGGAAUGGUUUACUUACACACAGUUAAUUCACUUUAAACGACUGACGGUUGUACUAUAUUAUUCGUAUUAAUUUUAAGAAUUCUUCCAUUUACUAUAUCUACUGUUUAUAUUAUGUUAAGAUUGUAUUUUUAUAAUUUAAUGUAACCGUUUUUAUUCUGUAAAUUUAUACUUUUGUGAAUUUUAACUUUUCUAUGAUUUAUAAACUACGCUCAUAAUACCACAAAACAAACUAAUCAAAUAAAAUCGGAACUAGACUUUAUAAGGAAGAUACUUGUAAAUCAAAACAUACAAAAGUACACUAAAAAUAUUUAAUUUCUCAAACAAAACUAAUAAGAUAGAUAAUGUUCAAAAACAAACUACAUAUUAAUAAUUGUAUUUUUUUUAAUGAAUUGUCUAAUAAAUAAUGCGCAACAUAAAAGCAGUAGACAGAAUGAUUUUAAAUCUAUUCUUUUUAGUUUUUUAUCCGUUUCUUUAUUGUUCAGACUUUUGUAUAUUUUGCCUAAAUUAAUAAUAUUUGUCUUAAGUCUGUAAGUACUCUGAGAACAGUACAUGUUCAGGUGUACAUUACAAAUCAUUAAUAACAAUUUAUACAAAAUGAAUUCCAUUUAAAAAUUGUAAAACUCAAUACUAUGAAUUAGCUAAAACAAGUGCCUUUUACCUGUUGCAGGGCUGUUAGUUGUAAUUUAAAGUAACAAGGACUAUCGCUUAACCGAGAAGUUCACUGAGGUACUGGCAUGGUGCAGGAGCGACAGAGCUAUUCUAAAAUGAUUUUUAUUUUGAAUAAUACAAAGUUCAUAGUUGGAAAACUUCGUUGAAUUUAUUUUGGUUGUGUUAUUACCAAUAAAAGUAACCCAGAUGGCAACUUCUCAACUUGAAAUUCAACACUCUCCCCUUUUCCCCCCUACCUAAUCGCUUUAGCCUAAGGGGCUAUUCCAGUUACGCGCGGACGGGUAGGUGAGCUCACGGGCUCAAUUUGAGAGAAUUUGCUAACACUAGCCCUAGUAAGAGCAGUGCUUCGCGGAUUCUCCGGCCGGAUCCUAAUCGCGAUCCAUCUAUUCACUUUAACUACAUUUGUAUGGCUCUUGUACUUCAAUAAUAUGCGCUUUGUGACUCCUCACGCCUUCAGGACCUCGCAUAAAACUGACAGCACUCUGCAAGAUUAGCGAUAGGCCUUUAGUGAUGUUAUCGUACUCGCUGUCGUAGAGUAUAGUAACAACUAAAUCUGUGGGUACUGAAAUGUAAAAAUGUUGGACUGCGCAGAUGUAGAUACUAUGUUAUUGGAUAUUUUCGUUGAUUAGUAAAGAUAAUUGUCUAUUUACUAUUGUUCUGUUCCGACAGAGGCGAGCCUUAGAGAUAUAAAAUAUUUAUUAGCCAUAGACAACUUAUAUUUAAAUCAUAUUAAAUAUUUUUGCACUA